UAGCAUCACUAUGGCGUUUUCUGUUUUCGUUGAGUUUUAUUUAUGCCCAGUUUGUGUGCGUUUCUUUGAUGUGAUUUUUAAUUAAUUUUUAUAUUUAUUGUUUUCAAACUGUCUACCUCCAAAUUCGGAGUCCGUUUGACUAGUUAUGCAUUUAACAAAAUCUGUUGAAAGGCGGAAGGGUGUAACGACAAGUUUUUCAAUUUAGCGUUUAAAAAGAAAAGCCAUCCCAUUGUACAUUUUUUUAAAGGACUGUAGUGGGAUUUUUUAAAAUAUUUCAACUGUGUGUUCAGUAAUUAAUAAGUAUGGCCGAAGAACUGAACACAAGCAGUGUAUCUGAAAAUGCGUGCAAUAUUAGCCAGGGGGGGAGCAAGCAGUGGGUUAAAUUAAACGUCGGUGGAACGUGCUUUCUGACAACUAAGACAACCCUGUCUCGGUAUCCUGACUCAUUCCUUUACAGGCUAUGUAAGGAUGACUCUGACCUUAUAUCAGAUAGGGAUGAAAAAGGUGCUUAUUUGAUCGACAGGGAUCCUACUUAUUUUAGCCCUAUAUUAAACUACCUACGACAUGGGAAGCUUAUAAUAAACAAAGACUUAGAAGAAGAAGGUGUUUUAGAAGAAGCUGAGUUUUAUAAUAUAACUGAAUUGAUCCGCCUUGUGAAGGAAAGGAUUAUGCAAAGAGAUACCAGACCUCUAAAAGACAACAAAAAACACGUGUAUCGGGUGCUACAAUGUCACGAAGAUGAGUUGACUCAGAUGGUCUCAACAAUGUCAGACGGAUGGAAAUUCGAGCAGCUGAUUAAUAUUGGAUCUCAAUAUAACUACAGUAACGAUGAUCAUGCGGAAUUUUUAUUCGUCGUCUCUAGAGAAUACGGGCCAAGCAGCAGUUCUAAAGAAGCAGAGCCUACUGAUCGAGCCAAAGUAUUACAGCAAAUGGGUUCUAGAAUGUAACACCGCUAAGGUCGCUGGGCAGAAAUGUUUUUGCCGUGUCCUCCAAAGCACCAUGUCCAUUAUUCACUAGAGUCUCAUAAGACAAUAAAGUGUCCAAAAUUGGAUGCAAAUGUAUCCUAAUUAUUAAAUAACCAAAAAAUAUUUUGAUUUUAAUAAAUACACCUCCCUCCAUUAUUAAUAUUUUUUUUAAUUUGUCCAUUGUUUUGUGUCAUCCCUGUGUAUUUUCAGUAGGUUUAAUUUACAAAAUAACUUAUUGAAUUACCAAACGGAACCAAAUGGUGUUAUAGUUGUAUUUUUAAUUUUUAAAUAAGCUGUGAUUAAUUUUUUAGCCUUUAUGCAGGUGCUUACUGCUUUUCCUAUCUUAUUUUGUUUUGUACAAGUGUUAAUUGGUUUCUUUUUCUUUUCUGUUUUUUAAUAUUGUUAGUGA